AAGAUGAUGGAAGUUGUUGUGUGUAGAAUUAGAAUUACUACUCAAUUACACAUAUAAGUAAGCAAUAAUCAGAAUCAUCUUGAUUAGAUUAGAGAGAGAAAGAGGAAAGAGAAAGUGAAGAAUUAAGCAGCUUUUAGGGAGAGGCCAUGGCGGCGUGGCAGACCUGUAAUUCUGCGUCUUUAAUGCGAACAACACAACCUCAGCCUUGAAAGACAGCCAAUUCCCCCCUCCUUUUCUCUCUCUCUCUCUCUCUUAAAAAAGUCAUCGCCCCCACCCACUCAAUCUCUCUCUCUCCUCACCUCACCUCACCUCAAAAUAAAGCUGCCACUCUUUCUCUCUCUCUCCAAAAAUAAAAAGCAAAUCACACCCUAAUUCAUUCCCGUUGUUUGGGCUAUCUUUGUUAUUACAACUUUCCCACCUCAGAAAUUGUCUGCCCUCAAAACCCACAAUCCAAGAAUCCCAAAAACGGCCGCUCCCACCAGUCAUUUUCACCAUGACAACAUGGCCGGCUUCUUCUCACUAGGCGGCGGCGGCGGCGGCGGAGGCGCCUCCUCCGCCGGCCGAGACCAAGACGGCCAGAGCAGCCACACCAACAACAACCCGGACAUCAACCCGGAGAGCUGGUUCCUCUACCGCAACGACGAGAUCCCGCCCUACCGCGGCUUCGAGCUCUGGCAGCCGCACCAGCAGCAUCAGCCGCAGCUGCAGGACCUCUACGCCUCCGCGGGCGGGCUCGCCGUCGGGCCCAGCCGCGGCGGCUUCAGCAUCACCGAGGAGUCCGCCCGCCCCGGGUUCCUCAUGAUGCGAAGCGGCGGGGGCGGAGGCGCAGGAUCGGGCGGCGGCAUCAGCUGCCAAGACUGCGGCAACCAGGCCAAGAAGGACUGCUCGCAUAUGCGGUGCAGAACGUGCUGCAAGAGCCGGGGCUUCCAGUGCCAGACCCACGUCAAGAGCACGUGGGUCCCCGCUGCCAAGCGCCGCGAGAAGCAGCAGCAGCUCGCGGCGCUCCAGCAGCGCCAGGAGGAAGGGAAGGAGAGGGAUCACUCCUCAAAAAGACAAAGGGAAAAUAAUAAUAAUAACAAUAAUAAUAAUCCGAGCAGCUCCAACUCCCUCGUCUGCACCAGAAUACCUACUUCCGCUACUGGGUUAGAGUUGGGGAAUUUUCCGUCGGAAGUGAGCGCGGAGGCCGUCUUCCGGUGCGUGAGGGUGUCAGCAAUCGACGACGCGGAGGAUCAAUACGCGUACCAAACCGCCGUCAACAUCUCCGGCCACGUCUUCAAGGGAAUCCUCUACGAUCAAGGCACGGAAACGCAGUACAUGGCCGCCGGAGAGACCUCCUCCGGCGGCGGAAGCGUCCAGCAGCUCAAUUUAAUCGCCUCCACCGCCGACACCGCCGCAGCAGCAGCGUCGCCUUCCCCUUAUUUGGACCCCUCUUUAUACCCAGCCCCCCUUAAUAGCUUCAUGGCCGGUACGCAAUUCUUCCCACCACCAAGAUCUUGAUCAAUUACUUACAUCAAAAAUAAAAAAAAAUUACAAAUUCAUAAUUUCCACAUUUUCCCCUUAACUCAAACUUAAUCAUAUAUUAUCCAGAAGGUGAAACACACAAGAUUAAUUAGAGCUUAAUUUGAGGUUUUUGUAAGAAAACAUAGUAGGAUUAUUUGUGGUGGUCUUUGACUCUUUGUUGUAAAAAUCCCAUUAUUAAUAUUGGAUUGGAAAUUCAGGGGAUUUAUGUCUGGAUUUUUUAGUUUGUAAUUCCUAUGCUUCUCUUUUUUUAAUUUAUAUACCAAUCUUUGAUGAUUGAAUUGUUUGUCUCAAUGAAAUACUCCUAUCUACUUUGGUUGAAUAAAAUGUUAAUAUUUCUAGUUUUUUGAUUAA